AUAUACAUAAAAGCGGAUAUUUAAAUAUCAUUAUUAAGGGAAGAUUAAUAUAUAUCAGAUGGUUUACACAGUUUACGAAAGAAUCAUUUUUGAAACAAUUAUUAUUAUAUAAGCAGAUAUUGUCGAUAAGUUUUAUAUAGUUGUAAAUACCAUAAGUAUACUUAAGACAUCGAUUUGUAAUAAAGCACUGAACGAUGAGCCUAAUCUCUGGAAUUUGCAACUCGUUAUCUACGAUGCCUGCUCUGUACAAAUCACAAUUUUUGGAUAUUGACGAGGAACCGUCCAAUUCAAAAUGUUUAUUCUGUGAGAACUCAUUUAUUCUUCCUACAAACGAGAAAGAUUUUUUAACGCAUUUGUUCAAAGAACAUCGUGUUGUUAUAGCUGAUGUUUGGAAAAUAGCAAGUUUGAAAAGUUAUAUACGUUAUUGGAGCAAUAGAUUCAAAGAACACCCUAUAACUGAUUUUUGUACUACAAUAUUAAUGGAUUGUACACCAGAUGGAAAACCAAGUAAGGAUGAAAGUUACUUUUUACUUUCUGAUUGUAUUUCGGAGGAUAAAGCAUUAAGAGAUGAAGUAUAUAAAGUCAAACUGGAAUGGGUAUUAGCAAAACAAUCUGAGGAAAGAAAUGAUACUAAUUUUACACGUGGUUGUAUGUUCUGUAAAAUGAACUUUUCUAAAUCACGUCUUAUUUAUAUAAAACAUCUUUCAGAGAAACAUAAUUUUUAUCUUGGAAAACCAGAAAAUUUAGUUUUCAUUGAUGAACUUUUAGAUAAAAUACAGCAAAGUAUAGAAAGUUUAAUUUGUGUAUACUGUGAAAAAGUUUUCAAAGAUCGUACGGCAUUAAAAGAGCACAUGCGUAAAAAGUUACAUAAACAAAUAAAUCCAUACAACAAAGCGUUUGAUAAAUUUUAUGUAAACAAUUAUUCAGAAUCUAGCAGAGCAAGAAAAUGUCAAAAAAAUUACAGAUAUGCUAAAGAUAUUGAAUUAAGCAGUGAAAGUGAAGAUGAAGAAUUGUCAUGGUCUGAUUGGAAUGAUGAAAGCAUUAGUAUAUUUUGUUUAUUCUGUAAUCAUUCUGAUAAAGAUUUUUCAACUAUUUUACAACAUAUUAAAGAACAACACAAUUUUGACUUUAAAGAGGCAUCAAAAGAUUUAACUUUUUAUCAGAAAGUAAAACUGGUAAAUUACAUAAGGGUGCGAAUUUAUAUGCAAUGUUGUAUUUUAUGUGAGAUAAAGUCGGACAACAUAUUGGAACAUAUGACCCAGCAGGAUCAUUACAAAUUACCUAAACAAUACAUAUGGGAUCAUCCAGCGUUUUAUUUCCCUAUGAAUGAAAAUGAUUCAUUUUUAUAUAAUUUGGAUACAGAUGAUAACUCGGAUGAAAGUGAUAUCGAAAGUACAUUUAAAGAUUUAUCUAUUACACCUGAUGAUAAUACAAAUAAUUACUCAGAUAGUAAUCGUCUUAUUAAAAUAAGAGUAGAAGGUCUUAUCACCACAAUUGCUUUUCAUGAAGCAAGAUUAUAUGCAGAAAAGCUUUCUCAAUAUUUGUCACAGAAAUAUGCUGUACCACAAAUUAGAGGAAUGUUUCAAGUAGAUUGGUAUGAAUAUCUUCGAAAAAUGAAAGUGCGUGUUGGUGGUAAGAUGUGGGCCUUAAAAAGAGAUGUUGCAGUCUUUAUAAAUGAUGUGUUCAUAGGCAGUGACAUUGAAUUUUUAGAGUAUCUUAACGAAUUGUAUGUUUUUCAUAUGCCAAAAGAUAUUGGAUAUUAUGAAACACAUGUUAAAGGAUAUUAUAAAGAAUUUAUUAAAAAAACAAAGGAACGCGAACCGUGGAUUGAUGUGGGUGAAAAUAAUAUGGUUCAUCAAUAUCCAUACAAUACUUAUUCAGAUAUUUCUGUAUGGCUUAAUAACGUAAUUGAUGAAAUAGAUAUUCGCGAUACAGCAUCUCUUCUUAUAGCCGAGCGAUAUUUAAGCAGUCUAUACUGUCUUUCCACGGAUUAUUUACCAGAAGUCAACACGUACAAUCUUGAAACGAAUGAAGAAUUUUAUAAAAGUGUAAAUCUUGAUUCUAAGUUGAACCUAUGUGAAUUAUUAACAGACCUUCGGCCCGAAGAGAUGAGUAAAGCGGAAAAAGAGAUUUUCGUAAAAAAACUUUCUAGAAUCAUUAUUUCAUAUAUUUUAAAUACUGUCGAUCAUAAGUCUUACGCAUUAAAGGAUAUUUAUGGAAGUGUACAUAGGAUACUAGAAUGCGCUUAUGAUAUUGCAAGAGCAAGUAUAGCCAAAUUACUAAAACAACGAAUCAAUAUUAAGGACGCCAGUGCAGAAAUUACCAAACAAUUUAAGAUACAGCAACAAGAUGAUAAAAAAAUUACUGAUUCGUCCUUGGCUCUUAUUGAGGAAAUAUUGAACAAAUCUAUACUUCAUGCUUUAGAGUCUACAAAUCUAAAUUGUGAAUAGAUUUAACAAACAAUUCAACAUCUACUGAAAAACAUUCCUUUUAUUUUGUACUUAAUAAAAAUCACAGACUUAUUUUUAAUUUA